CACACACACACACACACACACCAGUUCAAAUCAGUUUGCUUCCGGACCACUGAACUUUCCAGUUCCAGUACAUCUGCAGAAUUAUUCCAAGAAGUAUAAUUGCUAGAUACAAAGACAAGUUCCAGGCUGCCAAACCCAACUCAGAUCCCUCACUGACCAGGACUCCGACACCCACCGCAUUCUUCCUCCCCCAGCUCCGCUGCUGAGGAAGGCGUUGCGAACUCGCCAGGUCCCAUCCGAGCCUCCGUAGCGCGAGCGCCGCGGGAGUUCGGCAGCCGCGGUCGCCAAGGUAACGGGCUCCGCUGCAGGCUGCGGGCGCCAGGCUGCCCCGGGGAGGCGCUGCGGGCCGGCGGCCCCGUCACGACGAGGCGGCGAGGCGGCGAGGCGGCAGGGUUAUCUUGAAGAUUACAUGAAUUGAUACGUGGAAGUGCAAAGAACAAUGCCCAGCACAUGAAUUUCCACACUGAUUAGUCAACAGUGGAAAAUCUGAAGACAUGCAAGCAGGAAAAAGAAAUUAAACCAGGCCUGAGGAGCGAUGCGACAGGCAUGAUGGAGGUCGAGUCCUCCUACUCGGACUUCAUCUCCUGUGACCGGACGGGCCGUCGGAACGCUGUCCCUGACAUCCAGGGAGACUCGGAGGCUGUGAGCGUGAGGAAGCUGGCUGGAGACAUGAGCGAGCUGGCACUGGAGGGUACAGAAGGACAGGCCGAGGCAAGCACUGCAGACAAGGAGGCUAGCAACCAGCCCCAGAGCAGCGAUGGCGCCACCUCGUCUUGAGUCCAACCUUGUCCAGGGAGGCUGGAAGAGAGACCUGCUGUCCUCUCCUGGGAGGGGAACCCUGGUACUGGCCUGGCAGCCUCUUCUCUGAGCCCCACCAUGUCCCAGGCAAGCCAGGCCAGACUGAGAGGGCCCCCAGAGGCCCCCACUCUGGGUAAUUCCUCUGCCCACCCCACAGGCUCCACACUCCCACCACCUUCUCGCCAGGCACAGGUACACCUUCAAGACACUGUAGCCACAGGAUGUUAUUUAUUCAGCUGGCGCCGAGACUCAGGCUGGGCCCUGCCUGCAGGGUGAGCGGCCCAUGCAGGAACACUCCUUUUGUCAGCGGCCUGGGCGGGGACCAUGUCUCUACACCGACCCCUCCUCUCCAACCACAACCUUCUGGGUCAAGACCUUCUUACCCCUUUUUUAAAAAACACUUUUAAAACUUUUUAAAAAUUUUAAACCUUUUUUCAGCAGAGGAGAGAGUUGACAAUUUACUUUUUUUUUUUUUAAGCCAUUUUAAGCUGAACUCUCACCAUCUAUCUAGGCAGCUCUGAGGUUCCCUCAUGGAGCUUCACAGAUCCAUUUUUAAGGAAGGGAUUUUGGCUCAAAACUAUCUGACCAACUCUUUGCCCUUUCUACCAAGAUAAGUGACACCUACGACCCAGGAAAUAAAUGCUGAUGAUCUGUG